ACAUCGAAGGCUGACAACAUCCCAAAAUCAGCUAAGACUACGAGCCUAAGGAGGCAACUAACCCGCAAGAAUCCCAUUUCCAAAUUUUCCAAUUUUCCAUUUUUCGUUUUCUCAUAUAAACCAUUCCCGCAAAAUUCCCCACAGGCCAGGGGGAGAGAGAGAGAAUCCGUUUUCUCUCGAUCUCCAUUUUCUCUGCUUUCAAUUUUCACGGCUUUUCUAAUGAAAUCAGAGCUGCUUCAGAUGCAGGCAAUAUUUUGAUUCGUAAGGCCUCACUUUUGGCAAUAUUGGUUAAAAUAAGAACAAUAUUUGCUUUUUGGGAGUCCGGGUACCUGUGAUGAGAGUUCUGCUCGUUACUGGGCUAUAUUUAGACGAUAUCGAAACAGCCGAAUACACGAAAAUCUUGGAGCAGAAAGUCCAAGCGCCCUCGUCUCAAUUUGGUGUGGAUGGUUGUAAUACAGAUAAUCUGCACAUGGAGUCGGUGAGGAUUCUUCCAGAGGCCACAAAUAGUUCCUGAAAGAGAAUCUGAAAUUUUCACUCUCCAAGUCUUGUUGAGACAAAGGUUAGAGAUGGGGGCCGCUGAUGAGGAGCCGAUAAAGGGGUCCAGUGGUGAUGAGGAAAAAACUCUUGUUUCAGUCCGCCUGAGGCCUUUGAAUGAGAAGGAAACUGCAAGAAAUGAUGUAUCAGAUUGGGAAUGCAUCAACAAUAACACUGUCAUAUACAGGAACAAUCUUUCAGUUCCUGAGAGUUCCUUGUGCCCAACUGUCUAUACAUUUGAUAGAGUAUUUAGGCCUGAAUCCUCCACGAGGCAGGUGUAUGAGGAAGGAGCUAAGGAGGUUGCACUUUCAGUUGUCAAUGGUAUAAACUCAAGUAUAUUUGCAUAUGGACAAACAAGUAGUGGAAAGACAUAUACUAUGGAUGGAAUUACCGAGUACACUGUAGUAGAUAUUUAUGAUUAUAUAGACAAGCACAAGAAUAGAGAGUUUAUUUUGAAGUUUUCUGCUAUGGAAAUUUACAAUGAAUCUGUCCGAGACCUCCUUAGUAUGGAUACAACUCCUCUUCGACUUCUAGAUGACCCUGAGAGAGGGACAGUUGUUGAGAGACUCUCAGAGGAGACUCUAAGGGACUGGAAUCAUUUCAAAGAGCUUCUAUCUGUGUGUGAAGCUCAGAGACAAAUAGGGGAGACAUCCAUGAAUGAAACAAGUUCCAGAUCUCAUCAAAUUCUGAGACUGACAAUUGAAAGUUCUGCAUGCGGGGAUUUAGGCAAUGACAAGUCAAGCACCCUUGCAGCUAGCGUGAAUUUUGUUGACCUAGCGGGAAGUGAGCGUGCAUCUCAGUCUCUGUCAGCAGGCAUGAGGUUAAAGGAAGGGUGCCACAUAAAUCGCAGUUUACUGACAUUGGGGACUGUUAUCCGUAAGCUAAGUCUAACGAGAAAUUACAGCAAUUAUGCUUCAUCACUUUAUGUAGAACUAAAAGCAUCCCUUAUGGCCUUAUCUCAUCUUCCUGUCAUCCACCAAUGCACUUUUAGAAAUACAUGCCUGCACAAUUUGAAGCCACUGAACGUAAUGAGCAAAGGAAGAAAUGGUCACAUUCCUUUCAGAGAUUCAAAGCUGACCCGCAUAUUACAGUCUUCCUUAGGAGGCAAUGCUAGGACUGCCAUUAUCUGUACUAUAAGCCCAGCACGAUCCCAUGUUGAGCAAUCUAGGAACACCCUCCUGUUUGCCAAUUGUGCUAAAGAAGUGACAACCAAUGCACGUGUCAAUGUUGUUGUAUCUGAUAAGGCACUCGUGAAGAAACUGCAAAGAGAAUUAGCUAGAUUGGAGAGUGAGUUGAGAAGUACAGGAUCUAAUUUCAGCACAUCAGAAUACACAAAAGUGCUGAGAGAAAAAGACCUUCAGAUUGAAAAGCUAGGGAGAGAGGUUUUGAAGCUGAAUCAGCAACUAGAACUGGUUAAUUCCCAGGUGGAGAAUCUCCUAAGAGCGGUUGAAGAUGAUGGAUCUUCGACAAUAUCAGCAGAUCCAGAUCAUCAUUACCCUAAAUUGCGAGUGCAAAAUUCAUUUAAAUCUGAAAAUUCAGUGCCAUAUUCAUCUGCAUCAGAGGAUCCUCGUUUCCUAGAUAUUCGCAUCAGGUCUUUUAACGCUUCUCAGUGCUUUGCUGGAGACAAUAGUAGCAAUUCAGAUGAGAACUUCAUCCAACUUGUAAACUUUGAAGAGAAUUUUGUUCAAACUCCGAAACCGUCAAUUUGCACUUCUAGUCUUGUUGGUGAUGGUUUGCAUGGGAAGGAUACCGAAGAACUGACUUGUGAAAAUCCAGGCAAUCUCUGCAAGGAAGUUCAGUGCAUCACAACAGAUGAGUCAAGUGAAAAAAGACAUGGAAAUUCUCAAAUGUCAGAGUCUAGCCCACAGAGAUAUGCAGAAUCAAAUGUUUCAUCGCCUAAUGUAAACACAGGCACCUCAGGAUUGACAGAGGCCGAGAAUGAAGAUAGAGAAAAUCAAGAAUUAGAGUCACCCCAACUGAAGGAAGAGAAAGAGCUGAAUUGCUUGUAUUCUGAUUUUAUAUUACCGUCACCAGAAAAACCAUCUCCAUGGUUGGUGGAAGAAGGCAUGUCUAGUUCUAGAAGUGUGAAGAUGAUCAGGAGUAGAAGUUGCAGAGCAAGAUUGACGAGUGCACCGGCAUAUUUGUUUGAGAAGGUAGAAAAGAAUGAAAGCACACCACCUGUGGGGUUUGGGAAAAUUUUCAAAGGAAGAAAUAAGGGUUCUCAAAGAAAUUUUUCUGCACUGAAGAAGGGCCAUGAUGCUGAAGAAUCAUCAAGCAAUGGCUCAUUGACUUCUGUGGGUAGUGCUGCUGUUGAUGGUUAUCAAAUGCAGACAACUGAAAAUGCAAUUGAUUGGAAGAGCACUUCCAGCGUCAGUAACUCAGAUGCAGGAAUGAAGUACUUGAUUGAUCAUUUGGAACAAGAAACAAAAUCAGAAGUCAUUCAAUCAGCAAAGAGUGUAAAAGAUGUAGGGUUGGAUCCAAUCCAAGAUGACCUAGACAGUGCCAUGAAGUGGGCUUCAGAAUUUAAGAGGCUCCAAGGGGAGAUUAUUGAACUGUGGCAUGUUUGCAGUGUCUCAUUGGUUCACAGGACCUACUUCUUCCUUCUGUUUAAGGGUGAUCCAACAGAUUCUUUCUACAUGGAGGUCGAGCUCAGGAAGCUCUCCUUCCUGAAUGACACAUUUUCCCAGGGUAAAGAAACUCUGGUUGAUGGAAGAAUUCUAAGUCUUACUUCAAGCAAGAGGGCUUUGAAUCAAGAGAGGCAGAUGCUGUGCAGCCAAAUGCAGAAGAAACUCUCUAAAGAAGAGAGAGAGGAUAUUUUCCUUAAGUGGGGUAUUUCAUUGAGUUCAAGCAAUAGAAGGAUGAAGUUGGUCCAGAAUCUUUGGACUAAGACAACAGACAUGGACCAUAUUACACAGGGUGCCACUCUUAUUGCAAAACUGGUUGGAUUUGAAGGUCAAGAGCAAAGUUUGAAGGAAAUGUUUGGGCUUCUCAAUUUUGCACCACAGAACCUAAGCAGGGGGAAAUUUUCUAUAUGGUUGCGCAGUGUGUUGUCUAUUUUGUAAGUUUUUUAUUGGUUUAUAAUAGCUGGAUCUAGUUUGGGGUUGAGAUUAGUGGUUGUUUUGUGGAGUACCAUAGAGUAAAAAUUUCAUGGCUAAUCAAUGAUUUUGACAGCUGCAAUACACAGAUUAAUAUUCGAGUAAAGGCAUUUUUCCUUUGAAUUUUC